CCCUAUAAAAGUAAUCAGUCUUCAAAGCUGAGAUGGGCGCGAUCAGCAAUUUCUUUUGAUUGAUAGAAAAAUGUCUUGCUGUGGAGGGAACUGUGGCUGCGGAUCCGACUGCAAGUGCGGAUCCGGAUGCAACGGAUGCAAGAUGUACCCUGGCUUAGGGGAGGAAAGCUUCGCCGCCGGCCAGACAAUGGUCCUCGGAGUCGCUCCUCAAAAGGGCUUUGACGCGGUGGCCGGCUUCGAGGCAGCAGGAACAGAGAACGGCGGCUGCAACUGCAAGUGCGGCGACAACUGCACCUGCAACCCCUGCAACUGCAAGUGAGAUCGAGAGCUCUCAACGAGGAGCCAAGCAGCUUGGCGUGUGUGCGUGUGAAGCAAGCCUUUUGCUUUCUAGUUCGUGUCUGUGUGAAAGAAUAAUACAGGUUUGUAGGCCGCUUCAAGGGGCUGAUUAUUUCUUAGUUCCAUGGCCGACGAAUCUGAUCGGGUCUCAACAGGUGCAGCUUUUGUCCUGUUUGUGUGAAUCAAAUCAAUAAAGAUAAUGGCUCCUCUGCUGUGAUGGUUGUUGAUUUUA